AUGAGAGCACUUGGUUUUACUCCUGCGUCAAGACUUUAUACUGUGAGGGAAAAGGCUAUUCCUACUUUCCAUCGGAGCGACACUCGUUACACAAUAGACUAUAGUUUUGGGCAUGUGUCUUUUCGACCUCGCUUGGCUAACACCGGAAUAAUGCAUUUAUCUCCAUGUUGUACUUGCCGCUCAUUCUUAACCGUCGACCUAGCAAUCCAAGACCAUGCCCCUAGUUAUGGCACAUGGCGCUUUAAUUCUUUUCUCUCUCUAAAAUUCCGGAUUUCGACGUCUUCUACAGUCAUUAAACUUACUGCUCAAGAAUAUGAUAAACAAGCAUCCCGUACACAUCAGAGAACCACUAAUAGUCACCAAACACAACGUGUGACAGUCCCACGUCUAUCACACAGUGAGGAUCGACGGAUCGAAUCAGAAAAUAUUGAUUAUGAAACUGUACCUGCCAUUGAAGAAAGACAUAGAUACCUUUUCCUCUGGUCCAACACCCCUCGAUUGGAAAAUGAUGAGCAGAGGAAGAAGUAUUUCUUCAAAGUAUUCUGUCAAAGACUGAUUUCUGAUAAUGGAUGGACUAUCCGAAUACUGAUGACGUACCUCAAGGCUUUGGCCUUCUCAUCAUCGACACUAGGUGCUCAAUUUGAACAAGAAAGGGCUUACAAUAGAAUGCAUCCGACUUAG